AUGCUCGGCAAGAUAUUAGGGCUCAACACCAAAACUUCAGUACCGUCAAUAACAAGCCGCUGGUAUGCCACCGCGGUCAAGCGUAACACUUUCAAACCACUAGAUUCAAGAAAGACCUUUUUGAUCGAUUCUUAUGCCAGUUUGAUGAGACACAACCAACUUGUGUUGUUUGCUCAUCGUAACAACUUGGUCAAGAACGACGAUGACUUAUUCAGAAGUCAAAUCAAACAGCUUGGGGGUGAACUUGUGGUGAUAAACAACAGUCUUAUGAAGGUUUACCUUAGAUCGGAAAAGGACGAAGAUCCAGCAGACGCCCAAACCACUUUGAAGAACAAAAGAAAUAAACAUCCCUUAUUCUCAGUAUUGAACGGCCCAACUGCUGCCAUUGCCUUCAAAGAAAACGACCCAAGUAAAAUCAAGCAAUUAUACAAAGUGUUGAAGGCCGCCAAGGAGAAGUUAUUUGUGGUUGGGGCUAAAGUCGACGACGAUUUCUACAGCUUGGACAAAUUGGACACUUACAAGGACUUGCCAAGCAAACCAGAGUUGCAGGCCCAAUUGGUUGGCUUAUUGAACAUAUUAGGUGGUUACGGCUUGACCAGAACUUUGGAAAGUGCCAGCAAUGUGUUGCAUUUGACUUUGAAGUCGCACCACGAUAACGUUGAAAACCCAAAGACAGAGCAAGAAGAAUCCAAAUAA